AUGAGCAACUUUGCGUCGAUCCUGAAAGAGAUCGGGGAGUUUGGCUUAUUUCAGAAACGUCUACUGGCUAUAUUAUUGAUUCCCAACACAUUUACAGCCUUCGACUUGAUCGGACAGGUGUUUGUUGGCACAAGAUUUCCACAUCACUGCAACACAGACUGGAUCUUGGAGCGUGGAUCCAGCCUGACAGAAGACAGACAGAGAAACCUGACGAUCCCAGUGAGGCAGGAUGGGAGCUUUGAGAGCUGUGAGAUGUUCACUCCCGUGGAUCUGGAUUUGGAAACCAUUGAAAAAUACGGAAUCAACACAACAACACAAUGUAUAAAUGGAUCAGACUUUGAAGUGGCCAAAGGGACCUUCAGCAUUGUCACAGAGUUUGAUCUGGUGUGUGACAGGAGCCAUCUGACCGCGGCGUCACAGUCCAUCUACAUGUCCGGUCUUCUAGUGGGAGCACUGCUGAUGGGGCCGAUGGCUGACAGGCUCGGUCGCCGCUUUGUAAUCCUGCUUUCACUCCUCCUUCUGAUGCUGUUUGGUGUGGGAGCUGCUUUCUCACCCAACAUUUAUGUUUACAUGGUCCUCAAGUUUUCCAGUGCCAUCUCAGUUUCAGGCCUUUUUUCUAAUGUAUUUGUGAUCGGAGGGGAAUGGAGCGACUCCUCCAAGUUUGCUUUCUGCACCACGAUCUGCCAGACAUCCUUUACUUUUGGACUGAUGCUUCUGGCUGGCCUGGCCUAUUUGAUCCCCAACUGGAGGAUCCUGCAGCUAGUGAUGUUCAGUCCCCUCCUGCCUGUCCUGGUACUCUACUACUGGUUUCUUCCAGAAUCGGCUCGCUGGCUCAUCACCCAGGGCAGGAAGGAGGAGGCUGUGAUCCUGAUUCAGAGAGCAGCUAGGGUCAAUGGGAGACGUGUCCCACAACACUUGUUGGACAAGUUAGAGAUUGAGUCGACACCCAAGAGCAGAACCAUGCUGGAUAUCUUCAAGAUGCCAUAUCUGAGGAAGCGGGCCCUCAUCAUGAGCUGUGUCUGGUUUGGAACCAGCCUGAUGUACUACGGACUGAGCCUGAACGUGGGAACCUUUGGUCUGGAUAUUUACCUCACGCAGGUCAUCUUUGGAGCAGUGGAGCUCCCCGCACGUCUGGGAACGGUACCUGCAAUCCAGCACUUUGGCAGGAGAAUCUGUCAGACGACAGGAUUGUUUAUCGGAGGUCUUGCAUGUCUUGGAAACCUCGCCAUACCAAGAGAUCUUCCCGUUGCAGCGACAGUCCUGGCUGUUCUGGGAAAAUUUGCCGCCACUUCUACUUUCGGCGUUGUCUAUAUUUACACAGCAGAAUUAUAUCCCACAGUGAUAAGGCAGAACGGUGUGGGACUGAAUGCUACCUUUGCUCGUGUGGCGGGAAUCCUCGCCCCUCUGGUCAGGCUCCUGGCCGUCUACCAUCACUCCAUUCCCAUGAUAAUCUAUGGGAUUUUCCCCAUCGUGGCUGGUUGUCUGUCUUUAUUUCUGCCUGAGACCUGCAACGUUGAACUUCAGGACCACGCUGAACCAACGUGA